AUGAAGGUGUAUGCUGUACUGGGAAUGUUUGCAAUUGUGUCAAGUUGCCUUGGUCAAGAAUCAGAAAAUGUAGAACGCAAACUGAACCCUCAGAUAAGUGUAUUUAGUAAACAAUGUUGUCCACGUCGUAAUGGUAUGUACCUUGAUCUAACUAAUGGUAAAGUCUGGGAUGGAGCAGAGGGCGUGUCUCAGCCAGUAUUCACACCUCAGUCAAACAUCGAGGAAUGUGGAGUUAUGGCUGACCUCAGAGCUAACUUCCAGAAUCUGACAAACUGCGUUCAGGAUUGGCAAGAAGAUGGUUGUUUCAAAUUCCCGUUGUGUGGACGACGCAUGCUUAGAAUAGAUAUGUAUCUGGGGAAAGAGCGCGGGGGUUUUAUGUUCAACUUUGGAGACAGUCCAAGCAAUGACGGAUGGGGUGGUGAUGCGAGUGACACUAAACACGAUGCAGAGCUCAUGGGACUAUAUCCCAACACCUGGGAAAUAAAAUCAGAUUAUUGUAAAAAUGAGAAAAAAGCAUGGAAAGACAUUCUGUUGGCACCAGGUGUUACAAAAGUCACCAUUUUUGUCGCCAACAAUUACGUCAGGAUCAAGAACAACCAAGGAUUUGAUAUGACGACAUGUCACAAAUGCCUCUUUGCUCUCAAUGGACAGGACCCCGACGAUUUAGCGAACACAUUUUAUUUGGCCUUCAACAACGUGAUCAGAGGAAGUGACCGACGGGGUUAUGGAGUGUGUCGUGUUGGAAUUCGCUGGGAAUGCCCGGAUUGUGAGAGAUUCCGUCCACAUCCGUUUCUCAUUACCAAAACAGCCGAAUAAACCUAACCAUCAUUGUGUGUUGA